CCGGACUCUUGGGACCUUGCUAGCGACGACAUCAAGAGACGCAUUGAGUCAUGCUGUCACGACAUGCAGCGCGACCUGAUUGAGCGCGACCAGCUUUAUAUGUACUACGCGGAGGCCAGAGAGGACGCUCUCGAAACACUGUACGAAAUCGGCUGCCUUCCAGAAGAGGUGACUCCAAACCUUAUGUCGCUUUUGCUUCACAUGGUGGCCUACGAAAACCAUUAUCCUGGUCAGAUCUUUCCCUUGCGUGACUUGGCCAGAGAGGAAAUCCGAAAAGGGUUGAGGGCUGCCAAAUCAGAUAAGAGGGAAACUGACCGUGAGGAGGAAAAGGUGGUUGAUGUGUUGAAGCGGAAGCUGGAGGCAGCUGGUCACGUCUCGAAUGAAACUUCAGAUUUGAGCCCCUGGGCAUUUUCCUUCUUUUGCUUGGGUCAGUCUUUGAGCAAGCUUGAUCGCGUCAUGCUAUUUCUCCAAACACUUUGGCAGAAGUGUGCUACGCAGACACUCGACAAGUGCACCACUUUCACAACACCGCAACCCUUCAAAAUUUGA